UCUGCUUGGGAGAGGUCUGGUUUAAAGCUGAAAAGGAGGAGCUUGUGGAGAAAGGGGCGGAACUUUGCUUGGGGACCGGGAUCUUUGGAAAUUAGCCAGAGAUGGGAGGAGGGUGUUAGAAGAGACGAUCAACUUGGAAAGUGGGCCAAUCCGUGACGCAAAUCCUCUAAUACCGCCCCAUCAAGCCCUCCUCCCCACUGCUCUGCUCCUCCGCUCCUAACUGGUUCUGCUUUCUCCGCCCGCCACACGUCUUCGCCACUCAGCAGAGGUUUUACAAAGGCGCAAGUAAACGGGUUGAGGAACUGGACGCUGAAAUGAACACAGCCCGGAUUGGGCAUCUGUGCACCUUAUUUGCAUGGGAGCUCAGGAUUGGCUGGCCUCUUGGGAGGCCUGGGCGGUGUUUGCCCUGCGCGUGACUACCAAUUACCAUGGCUGGACCAGGGACCACCUUCCGCCGCUUGGGCGCCUUGUCCGGAGCUGGGGCCUUAGCCUUGGCCUCCUACGGGGCACACGGCGCCAGGUUCCCGGAUGCCUACGGGAAGGAGCUCUUUGACAAGGCCAACAAACACCACUUCUUACACAGCCUGGCCCUGUUGGGGGUGCCCCAUUGCAGAAAGCCUCUCUGGGCGGGGUUACUGCUAGCCUCUGGAACCACCUUAUUCUGCACCAGCUUUUACUACCAGGCUCUGAGUGGAGACCCUAGCGUCCAAACUUUGGCCCCUGUGGGAGGGAGCCUUCUACUCUUGGGCUGGCUUGCCUUGGCUUUUUGAGCUUCCUUGUGUUUAAUUUCUGGGUACUCUUUUGAGAGUUGGAGCCGAAAGGGGAUUAAAAGAGAAAGGCAAAUAAAGAACUUUUGAGUCUU